AUGGCUUCAACCUCCAUUUCUGCCACUUCACGAUGGAGUACUUACGAUGUGUUCUUGAGUUUCAAAGGGAAGGAUGUGAUGAAAGGCUUCACUGGCCACCUAUACGCUGCUUUGUGUCGGAGUGGAAUCAACACUUAUGUAGACGAGGAAAAGAUGGAAGACAAAGAGAAAAUUGAAGCAGCAUGCCUCAAUGGCAUCCAGAAGUCGAGAUUUUCACUAGUCCUUCUGUCAAAAGACUAUGCCUUGUCUACUUGGUGUCUGGAAGAGCUUGUCCAAAUCCUAAAGUAUAAAAAAGCAGAUGAUGUCUGGCCAAUUUUUUAUGAUGUAGAUACAUCUCAUGUUGAAGAGAUCCAAGGAAGCUAUAAAGAAGCAUUUGUGGAGCAUGAAAAGCAUUUCAAGGAAGAUGUCCUCCAGAAGUGGAAGGAUGCUCUCCGACAAGUUUCUACCUUGAAGGGUCUUGAUCUACCAAAGCGCUUGGAUGGACAUUUGAAAGCAGCUGCUUCCUUGAAAAUGUUAGAGAAGCGGCCCAUUUCAAGGGUAUACCCUACUUACAAAGGCAACUUCUGA